AUGGAUGUAGCGAUCGGGCUGCUGGGGCUGCUGACGGUUCUGCUGGAGGGCAGCUCCGGCCAAGGGGUGUACGCCCCUCCCACGGUGCGGAUCGUGCACUCGGGCCUGGCCUGCAACAUUGAGGAGGAGCGCUACUCCGAGAGGGUCUACACCAUCCGCGAGGGAGAGACCCUGGAGCUCACCUGCCUGGUCACCGGCCACCCCCGGCCACAGAUCAGGUGGACCAAAACAGCAGGAAGUGCCUCUGACAGAUUCCAAGAUUCCAGUGUCUUCAACGAAACCCUGAGGAUUUCCAACAUCCAGAGACACCAGGGAGGCCGCUACUACUGCAAGGCCGAGAACGGCCUGGGCUCCCCGGCCAUCAAAUCCAUCCGAGUGGACGUGUACUAUUUGGAUGAUCCCAUAGUCACGGUCCACCAGAGCAUCGGGGAAGCCAAGGAGCAGUUUUAUUAUGAGAAGACCGUGUUCCUCAGGUGCGUGGCCAACUCCAACCCGCCCGUGCGCUACAGCUGGCGCCGCGGCCAGGAGGUGCUGCUGCAGGGCUCCGACAAGGGAGUGGAGAUCUACGAGCCCUUCUUUACCCAGGGAGAAACAAAGAUCCUGAAGCUGAAGAACCUGCGACCUCAGGACUACGCCAACUACAGCUGCAUCGCCUCGGUGCGGAAUGUCUGCAGCAUCCCGGAUAAAAUGGUGUCCUUCCGCCUCUCCAACAAAACUGCAUCCCCUUCCAUCAAGCUCCUCGUGGACGACCCCAUCGUGGUGAACCCUGGCGAAGCCAUCACCUUGGUGUGCGUGACCACCGGGGGGGAGCCGGCACCCAGCCUAACGUGGGUGAGGUCUGCGGGGGUCCUGCCCGACAAGACCGUCCUGAAUGGGGGCACUCUGACCAUUCCCGCCAUCACCUCCGAGGAUUCCGGCACCUACAGUUGCAUCGCCAACAACAACGUCGGUAAUCCCGCGAAAAAGUCCACCAACAUCAUCGUAAGAGCCUUAAAAAAAGGACGCUUUUGGAUCACCCCUGACCCGUACCACAAAGAUGACAACAUCCAGAUCGGGCGGGAGGUGAAGAUCUCGUGCCAGGUGGAGGCCAUCCCCUCGGAGGAGCUCACCUUCAGCUGGUUCAAGAACGGGCGGCCCCUGCGCAGCUCGGAGAGGAUGGUGAUCACCCAGACCGACCCCGACGUCUCCCCCGGCACCACCAACCUGGACAUCAUCGACCUGAAGUUCACGGAUUUCGGGACCUACACGUGCGUGGCGUCCCUCAAGGGAGGCGGCAUCUCGGACAUCAGCAUCGAUGUCAACAUCUCCAGCAGCACAGUGCCCCCCAACCUGACGGUCCCGCAGGAGAAGUCCCCGCUGGUGACGCGGGAAGGGGACACCAUCGAGCUGCAGUGCCAGGUGACCGGGAAGCCCAAACCCAUCAUCCUGUGGUCACGGGCGGACAAGGAGGUGCCGAUGCCGGACGGGGCCCUGCAGACGGAGAGCUAUGACGGGAUCCUGCGGAUCGUCAACGUUUCCCGGGAAAUGAGCGGGACCUACAGGUGCCAGACCAGCCAAUACAACGGGUUUAACGUCAAACCCAGAGAGGCGUUGGUGCAGCUCAUUGUGCAGUACCCCCCAGCUGUGGAGCCAGCAUUCCUGGAGCUGCGGCAGGGCCAGGGCCGUGGCGUCACCAUGAGCUGCCGGGUGCUCCGGGCGUAUCCCACGCGGGUGCUGAGCUACGAGUGGCGCCUGGGCAGCCGCGUGCUGCGCACGGGCCAGUUCGACCUGCAGGACUCCACGGAAUACACCGUCAGCAGCCUCUCCCGCGACUCCUACGGCAUCUACAACUGCAACAUCAUCAACGAGGCGGGCGCCGGCCGCUGCAGCUUCCUCGUCACAGGAAAAGCCUAUGCCCCGGAAUUCUACUACGACACCUACAACCCGCUGUGGCAGAACCGGCCGCGGGUCUAUUCCUACAGCCUGCAGUGGACGCAGAUGAAUCCCAACGCCGUGGAUCGGAUCCUGGCCUAUCGCCUGGGAAUCCGCCAGGCCGGGCAGCAGCGCUGGUGGGAGCAGGAGAUCACGGUGAAUGGGAACAUCCAGAAGGGGGAAUUGAUCACCUACAACCUGACGGAGCUGAUCAAGCCCGAGGCCUACGAGGUGCGCCUGACGCCCAUCACCCGCUUUGGGGAGGGCGACUCCACCAUCCGGGUCAUCAAGUACAGCGCUCCGGUGAAUCCACACCUCCGAGAGUUCCACUGUGGCUUUGAGGAUGGGAACAUUUGCCUUUUCACUCAAGACGACACCGACAACUUUGACUGGACAAAACAAAGCACUGCCACGAGGGACACGAAGUACACCCCCAACACGGGGCCCAACGCCGAUCGCACCGGCUCCAAGGAGGGUUUUUACAUGUACAUCGAGACGUCCCGUCCCAGGCUGGAGGGGGAGAAGGCCAGACUCGUCAGUCCCGUUUUCAGCGUCGCUCCCAAAAAUCCCUACGGAGCCACCAACACGGCCUAUUGCUUCAGCUUCUACUAUCACAUGUAUGGACAGCACAUAGGAAGUUUGAACGUUUACCUGCGGCUCAAAGGUCAGACUGCCAUAGAAAACCCCUUGUGGUCUUCGAGUGGGAAUAAGGGACAGCACUGGAACCAAGCCCGGGUGAACAUCAACCCCCCCACCUCAUUCCAGCUCAUCUUUGAAGGAAUCCGUGGCCCUGGAAUCGAAGGGGACAUUGCUAUUGACGAUGUGUCCAUUGUGGAAGGAGAGUGUAUGAAAUCAGACCAACCGGCCAACAAUCUACGAUCAGGUGCUGUUGGGCCAUUAGCGCAUAUACGACUUCUCCCACUCCUCAUCCUCAUGUCUGUCUUAAGUCAUCAGAGGUGACCUUAUCCUGGCAGAGGCUACAAAAGAUUCACCAGGCACUGGCAUGAAGAAAGAGUCUUUGUAAAAUGGACAUUUCCAAACAAACUACCAAAGAUUCCUCCACUGACUGACUCGAAAGUUAAAUAAACGCGUAAAUAAAUAAUUAAAAAAGGGAAAAAAAAAAAAAAAAAAAA